AUGCUAAGGAGCACCUGCAAUGUAUCACCAAAUGCUGUGAUUAAGAGGCUUGUAAGCGCUGGAAAAUUAGAUGAAGCCCAGCAUUUUCUUAAUUCCGUUGUCAACAAAAACACAGCCUCAUGGAACAUUAUCCUCGCGGGAUAUGCCCGAGCCGGGCAUCUUUCUAAGGCUGAUGCCCUAUUUGCGUCCAUACCGAGCAAGGACGUGGUCUCAUGGACAACUAUCUUUAAAGCCCACGCACAGCAUGGGAGACUCCAGAGAGCCAAAUGGUUUUUUGAUCAAAUGCCAGUGAAAGAUGUAAUUGCUUGGACUUCAUUUUUGCAAGCAAAUGCCGAGAGGCGCAAUCUGGAAAACGCCCGAGAGGUGUUUGCGAGGUUUCCGUGCUGGGACUUAGUGGCUUGGGCGACUAUGUUUCGUGCUCUAGGCCAUCACGGCCACUUUGACGAGAUGGAACUCAUGUUUCUCGCGAUGCCGGAGAGAGAUGUGAUCGCCUACAACAGCAUGAUAGCAGCGUAUACCCAGUCUUGGCAUUUCGACAAGGCUUUGGAUGUUUUUAAGAGAAUGCCUCAGUGUGAUUUGGUGUCGUGGGCGGUUGCGGUCGAAGCUCUCAACGCACAGGGUAACAAGAGCAAGGAGGCAAGAGCGCUGUUUGAUGAGGCUCCAGAGAAGUCCUUGCUGCUUUGGACGAGCAUGAUCCAGGGGCAUGCGCAAAAUGGGCAGAUUGACGAAGCGAAUGUCCUGUUUGGGCAGAUGCCAAAGAGAGACAUUGUGGUGUGGACGACAAUGCUUGCGGCGUAUGCUCAAGCUGCGCAUAUCUUUGAAGCCAAUGGAAUGUUUGAGAGAAUGCCACAGUGGGACGUGGUGGCCUGGAACUCAAUCCUCACAGCGUUUUUACAAUGCGAGGAUAUUGAAGAAGCUAAAAACGUAUUUGAUAAGAUGGACCAGAGAGAUGUGGUUUCGUGGAACGCAAUGGUAGGAGGAUAUGCCCAACACGGGCAUAUCCAAGAUGCUAUAGCACUUUUUAACAAAAUCCCAUCCAAAAACGUUGUCUCAAUGAACGCAAUGGUGGCUUCAUACGCACAGAGUGGUCUCGAAAUCGAAGCCAAGGAGUUCUUCACAGAUAUGCCAGAGAGAAACACGGCGUCCUGGAACGUUUUGGUGACAGCGUAUGCCCAGUCCGGGCAUAACUCCCGCUGCGUCGAUCUCUUCCAAAGCAUGAGCUUGGAUGGCGUACGACCAAACGAGAUUGCCUACACGAGUGUUCUUGCCGCUUGCAGCCACACGGGAAUGGUAGAAGACUGCCUCUCACACUUCGUCUCCAUGUCCUCCGACUUUAGCAUCAGACCGGUGAGCGAUCACUACCACUGCGUGAUCACGCUUCUGUGUCGGACUGGGCGGCUGGAUCUCGCCGAGGAUCUGAUCGAGGCGAUGCCGUUUGUGCCCAAUCCGGUGGCGUGGUCGACACUGCUGGCAGCGUGCGAGGUGCACCGCGACACGGAGCGAGCGGUGCGGUCGGGCGAGAGGCUGAUGUGGGUGUCACCGCGGGACGAUGGUCCGUACGUGGUUCUCGCCAGCGUCUUCACUGCGGCGGGGAUGUUAAACGACGCGCUGAUCGUGAGGAGCGCGCUCAACGCAAAGAGGAAGGCGCUCCUGGAGCGAAAAGAAGCACAAUCCCAGUGA